UGGAGAUUUUCCAAAUCUCGAAACGUUUGUCUACAGUGAUUGUAAAGAACAGGAGUCGCCAUACCUUAUCAAAAACAUUUUUAGUCACACUAAGUCACUUAAACAUGUGAUGAUGGGAAAUGCCAGCUUGAACACAUUAUGGAUUCCAUUUGAAAGGAAUAACACUUCACUGUUUGGAGGAAUGACAAAUGUUAUCACCAUUGAUUUAAAGAAAAACCCAUUGAAACGGUUGGAGUCAUGGAUAUUGACCGAUCUGUUGUUGCUACAAGAGUUAGAUCUGAGUGACUGUCAACUCACCGAGAUUGAGGUGAAUGCAUUUGAAGGUCUGCAAAGUCUGCAGAUUUUACACCUAGAAGGUAAUCAGUUACUCAACCUUCCACCUGGGGCACUUUUUAAUAUGGCACAUCUAAUGACUGUUAACUUGGAGGGCAACAAAUUGAAGUAUCUUGAUAGAGAUCUCUUUUCUAAUUCAUCAAGACUUCGAAAUCUGACACUGGCUAGAAAUCAACUCACCGGAUUAAACCACAGUACGUUUGAGCCAAUAUUAAAUACCCUCUCGUCCAUUGAUAUUUCAGAAAACGAGAUUGCUUGUACUUGUAAUUUAAAAUGGCUUCCGAUAUGGUUGUCCGGGUCUAUCACAAUUUUGAAUGAAAUUGACACUUGGUGUUCCUCUGCCUCACUGGAAGAACUGCAAGAAAAGCCACUGAUGUCAUUUAAACCAGCGAAAUUAUGUGGCCCAAACAUCGCUCUCUACUGUUCACUUCCUAUUGUAAUCACAUGGAUUAUCAUGGUAUUGGUCUUUGCCUACCGUCAUCGAUGGUUCUUGAGAUACAAACUAUUCCUCCUGAAACUGGCAGUCAUAGGCUAUCGGGAGAUCCGAGAUGCUAGAGAUUUUGACGAUUAUGAAUUUCAUUUGAACGUGAUGUUUGCAGAGGAGGACGAAGGGUGGGUAAGAGAUCGCCUCCGUCCAGUCUUAGAAGAACUGCUGCCGGAAUGCAAUAGGAAUGUGUACGGCGAUAAUGACCUUCCGUUAGGUAUGCAUUACUAUAAUGCAGUUCAUUACGUCGUUGAGAUGAGCUACAAAACCAUCGUGUUGGUCAGUAGGGCUGCUAUCCAGGAUAACUGGUUCGUCAUCCAAUUUCGGACCGCUGCGGAUCAGGUCAAUGACACACAAAUAGAGAACAUGGUGGUGAUCUUCCUGGAGGACAUUCCAGAUGAUGAGCUUCCAUUCUUAGUGAGGCUGUACCUGAGUGAUCGUAAACCAUACCUCAGCUGGGAGGAGGAGGAGGAGAGGUUUCAAGAGUACUUCUGGCAGAAGCUGAUCAAGAUGUUGAAGAUGAAUCUGAGGUGCAACAAUGUUAUUCCUCCUGAGUAACUGAAUGUGAGCAUGUAUAUCCAUGAUGUAAGUAAUGUUAUAAUGAAUGUCAUAAUGCCAGUGACUCUCUGUCGUGAUUAUGCAUUUGACUUAGAAGCAAAGUUAAGAUUUAAA